AUGUUAAGAAUUUUGUAUUUCAUUUUUCUUUUGGCUGAAUGUUUCCAAAGAAAUUUAGCUGAUGUGGCGAACGGUAAUAUUAAUAUUUUUACAUUAAAUACUUUCAAUGCAAUGGAUACUAAUUACAAUACAUUUUAUUCUCUACGUUUCACAUAUAUUUUAACAGUCGUCUUGAUGAGAAUGCCACAUCGAGGCAGGACAUUUAAACUGGCAAAUAUUUAAUUUUUUAUUACGUUUUUUAAAAUUUUUAAGUUUAUUAUUUUUUAAGUUAACCUGCCAUCAAAUUUAUAAUGUAUCUCUAUAACUUCACAAAUUGUUAUUAAGGGUAUAACGUUAGAUUAGGAUGCUGAGCUCUAUAUUAACUGGAGUAACAAUUGCAUUCAGUAAGCGUUAAGAAGAUGGGGCCGGUUGUUCAAAGCCGGGUGGAUUAGCGCUAACCCCUGGGUUAAAAUUCAACCUGCUGUUUCAAUUUCUGUUUUAAAUCUAUUUCUGUUUUGUAUUUUUUAUUUCAAAACUUCAGAGAAGAAAACUCCUACUGAUCCAAACAAUAUUUUUGAAAAAUAUUUCCAAAUUUAUAACCAAGCUGUUGGAAAGUUUGGUUUGAAUUUUACGUUAACCUGGGGUUGGGCAAUCUGAAUUAAUUAAUUAAUCAAUUAAUUAAUCAAUGAAUUAAUCAAACUUAAUUUGGGGUUGGUUAAUCUGGUUUCGAACAACCAGGCCCUGGUUAAAUUCAGAAAUAUUUUCACUGACUAGACAAGACUACUACAUAUAAUGAGAAGAAUGAACAUUAUCUUCUCACUCUGAUAACUGCAGGUUGACCAACAUCUGGCGCACGAUAAUGCUUCGUGAAACUCAUUUAAUAUAAUGAAGUUAACUGUGUGUUUUCAGACGAGGAUUCACUGAAGAUGCCAGCAUACAAAGUCGCUCGAGCUGGACAUUAUCCAAUGGUUUACGAUCGCGUCACAGGGAUACCCUGGCCAUGUGAUCCGUUUGGAGAAGAACCCAAGGACCCGGAUGCAGAAAAAGACCCAUCAUUUAUCAAACUAACCAAAUGCCCAGAGGAAGAAAAGAAGGCACAGAAAGUGAAGAAAUCCAAGAGACUUGUUAGAAAUGCAGGACUUGGGUCUCACUCCAAUACUUGGAAGAAAUUUUUGAAAACAUUCACAUAG